CUAAAGAGCUUCCUCUCCUUAGUUCAUACCUUUUAAGUCUCCCGGUUGGUUUAAUUUCGACCUUUUGAUUCGUACAGACAUCGAUAUUACGAAACCAGACGUAUGCGAGACAACGAACCGUCAUCAGCACAGCUCCAAGUUUACCAGAUAGCCUAAUUGCGGUUUCAGAGGGGAAGAGUCCAACCCCAACCAGCCCCUUCUAAAAGCACACACCAUUGAAUCCUUCAUCUUUCGCUGGUUUGUGGCAGACCGAAAAUUGUCGGAAUUUAGCAGCGGUCGUGUCUUAUAGCCUAACGGUAUAACCUCCCCUUGGAGGGUCGGCGUAGCUACAUUCGUUUUGCACUUGGAUUAUGGCUUUUCCUUGACUGCAUACGGAAUUAAUUGUUUUCAGGCGUCGUUCAAGGACCACACCGCAGCGUAUAGCUUUGUUGUUGCAUCUUAAACCAUCGGGACGUGGAAUCUGGGAGUCAGAAUGCAGUCGUUUUAUAUUCUAACUGGUUUUACUUCGGUGACUACUCGGUUCCAGCGCUGCAUUCUUCUGAGCGACCUCAGUUUGAUCCAUUAGCCGGAAAGCUGGACAUCUACUUAAACUUAAUUUAGCGGUUUCGUUUUCUUAUCUGUUUCGCACAGGUGGGAGACUAGGCAGUCGAUUCACUGUACGUGGCCUAUACGUCCUUAAGAGUGAGCUGAUCUUGUACUAUUUUGUUGUCAUUGUUAGCCAUCGGUUGUAAUAUUUGUUAUAUAAGCUAAACGCGUUCCUAGGCUGUAUUUCUGAUGUGUGCAUUUGUGUUAAUAGCUUUAUCAGUUCUAACUGUGCUGCAACAGCAUUGUCACUGUUAAACCAGUCGCUUCAAACACCUGGAUGCAUGACAAGAAAUGCUGUCCAACCCCUGGGUGUAGGCUAGUGCUCUGAAACGAACUUUAAAACAGCAGGGCGGGCGUGGGUAUCGCUGUACCGCUUCCCACGCCGUUUGAUAUCAAAUGGGAAAUGGUAUGAUUCUAAGCAAAGCUGUCUCAACAGAAAAUGUGUCCGGUCUUCUUUCUUGUUUCGAGUUUUCUUAAGUAGCAUACCACGAAGUGGGAUACUGAAUGUCAAGGAGUCUGAGUAAUGUUUGAAAAAAGAUAGCUACCUGUGGAUUUCUCAAAACUGAACGCGCAAAACAUUUACAAAGCGCCUCUGUGAUAACAAAACCAGACUAUGUGUAAAGCCUCGUGAAUUUACGGACAGCAAACCAUCUUCUGAAAUUACCGGCCGCAAUCAGUUUUUAUUCUUCACCUUUUGAACGAAAGGUAGCCGACUGGUCGUAAUGGACCUCACGGUAGACCCAGAGGAGAUGGACAGCAAGAAGCCUGUACCCAUUGAAGUUUUCGCUAGCAGGUCCACCUUACAUGGCUUCUCUCACAUGUUCACCUACGAGCGGAUCUGCAUCAAGCGCUGUCUGUGGAUUUUGUUCUUCUUGGGAUCCGCGAGUUUCCUGGUUUACGUGUGCGUGGACCGCGUACAGUAUUACUUCGAGUACCCGCACGUCACUAAACUGGACGAAGUGGCGGCUCCAUUGAUGAUCUUCCCUGCUAUCACCGUCUGCAACCUGAACUCCUUCCGUUUCAGCCGCGUGACGCGCAAUGACCUGUACCACGCCGGAGAGCUGCUGGCGCUGUUAAACAGAAGGUAUGAAAUCCGGGACACGCACCUGGUGGAGGAAAGCGUUCUGGAGAUGUUGAAGGUCAAAGCAGACUUCCACAACUUUAAGCCCCGCCCCUUCAACAUGUUCGAGUUCUAUGACCGCACGGGCCACGACAUCAAGGACAUGCUCCUGGCCUGCCACUACCGCGGGACGGAGUGCGGAGCCGAGAACUUCGACGUGAUCUUUACCCGCUACGGAAAAUGCUACACCUUCAACUCAGGGAAAGACGGACGCCCUCUGCUGGUGACGAUGAAAGGCGGAAUGGGGAAUGGCUUGGAGAUCAUGCUGGACAUUCAGCAGGAUGAGUACCUCCCCGUCUGGGGGGAGACGGACGAGACGUCGUUUGAAGCGGGCAUUAAAGUGCAGAUCCACAACCAGGACGAGCCGCCUUUCAUCGACCAGCUGGGCUUCGGCGUGGCACCGGGAUUCCAGACCUUCGUGUCGUGCCAGGAGCAGAGGCUGACGUACCUGCCGCCUCCCUGGGGUGACUGCAAGGCCACGGCCAUGGACUCUGAGUUCUUCAGCAGCUACAGCAUCACGGCCUGUCGCAUCGACUGCGAGACGCGCUACCUGGUGGAGAACUGCAACUGCCGCAUGGUGCACAUGCCCGGAGAUGCUCCCUACUGCACUCCGGAGCAGUACAAGGAGUGUGCCGAUCCUGCGCUGGACUUCCUGGUAGAGAAGGAUAAUGAUUACUGCGUGUGCGAGACUCCGUGUAACAUGACGCGCUACAACAAAGAGCUGUCCUUCGUCCGGAUCCCCAGCAAGGCGUCCUCGAAGUACCUGGCCAAGAAGUUCAACAAGUCAGAGCAGUACAUCGCCGAUAAUAUCCUUGUGCUGGAUAUCUUCUUUGAGGCUCUGAACUACGAGACCAUAGAACAGAAGAAAGCGUAUGAGAUUGCGGGACUGCUGGGUGACAUUGGAGGCCAAAUGGGCCUGUUCAUUGGAGCCAGCAUUUUGACCAUCUUGGAGCUGUUUGACUACUUGUAUGAGGUGAUCAAGUUCAAGCUGUGCCGCUGCUCGAAGAAGAAGAGCAAGCAGAGCAGCAGCAACGACCGCGGCGCUGUCCUGAGCCUGGACGACGUGAAGCGCCACGCUCCUUGCGAAAAUAUCCGCGCACCGUCUACAUAUCCCGCAAACAUGCUACCUCAUCACCCUGGGCAGGGAAACUUUGAGGACUUCACCUGCUGAGCCAAUCACCGAGGAGCAUGGAGGCAGAGCCUUGUAGCCUGCGCUACCAAAGUCAGCAACUACAACUUUCAAUAAGGACAUUUAUGGGAUUGGAACAGAUUUUAAUGGGUUUUUUUCUUCUUCAGUUUUUAUGAGCUUUUUUUAAUGGAGUAUUUGCUUCUCCAUUUCACAUGGAGAAAGAAACUGAAUAAUCCACCACAAACAAAAACAAAAGCCAAGUAGAAAAACCCAGUUAGAAGAGUAUGUGAGGGGAGCCCGAACCUUUUCGAAGGAGGACCAUUCGUCACAGAUUUUGUGCUGCCGUCUCAGAAGAGAUCCUUUUCGAGGCCUGGUGAAUACGGAGCGCUUGGCCUCGCAGAGCGCGAAUGUAAAAAGUUUCGUUGUCAACCGGACGCUUGUGUGAAAGCUUUUCUUUCCAAUGCCCCUUGCCUUUACUGCACCGACACACAGACUUUUCCAGAAACUUUCCGGUGCAUUUGGACAGUACAGUAGAAUACAGCAUCGCAUUCUCAGCUGUUCAUGUAGCAACUGUUCAUUUCUCUCUGUCACCUGACCAGCCAAAAGCAGGUCUCAGUGUAUUUCUCAUGAGAAGGUAUCUUCUCCCUGGGUUAAAACAGCUGCCUGGAAACCCAAGGGGGAAAGGUGCUGUGGGGGGGGGGGUGGGGGGGGUGGGGGGGGCUAGGUGUAGAGACUUCUACCAUUUUAGGGCGCAGAGGUUUAGCCAGAUGUAUGGUGAAAAUCUUCAGGUGUCAUCCUGUAAAUGCAUGCUUGUACUCGUCUUCGUGUGCAUGUGCAGUUAUUUUCAGUUAUUCUAUUAUUUGAAUUGCCAUAUUGCCGUAAGGGAUCGUCCUUAAUUUUUUUUUCUCAUUUUUAACAUUUUUAAAAAUAAUUGUUGUUGUCUGUGUGAUUGUGUGCGUGCGUGUAUAUGAAUGAGGGGUUGUGCGUUCAUUUUGGGAGGGGGAGGGGUUGUGAGGAGCGUGUUUCUAUUGCCCUACCCCAACAAAUUUAUUUGAAUAUUCACACCUAGAUAAGGGGACCUUUAUGUAACUGUGUUAUAAUCGCAAAUGUCAUAUCAAAGCACAACAAUAACACCAAUAUGUAAAGGUGAUGUAAAAGUACUAUGAAGACUAUGAUUAUAUUCUGAUUGCUAUUACCAUCAUGGUUAUCAUGUACCAUUAUUAGUAGUAUUAUUAUUGACAUUUAUUUGUUUUUUUCUACUACAAGAGCAUACAGUAUUGCCUGAUCAUCCAGUCUCCAUCAUUUCAGAUACCAGGCUGUUCUAUUUAUCUAAUGAGAUUUAAAGAAAAUAAAAUUAUGAAUAACCA